UACGCUUCAUUUUAUUAUAUAGCUAACAUUAUCUUUGAAUUUGAUAAUUAAAUUGUAAUCUACAUAUUUACAAUCCAAAUUAAUUUAUUAUGGAAAUAUCAAAAAUGAACCCUAAAGAAAAUAAAAGAAAUUUAUGGGAGAUUGUUUCCACUCGUGAAUAUCAGAAACAUGUUACAAUUUCUACUAUUGGUUCAACUCCUGAAUCAGCAGAAGAGAUAGAUGAUAAAAUAGUUUAUAUGGAAGAUUUAGAAAAAAGAAAACAAGCAUAUGGAAUAUGUGGAGAAUGUAAUGAACCUGGCACAGGAGAAGAUUGGUGUCAACCUUGUAAUGCUAAAAGAUUUAAGAAUAACUUUAAAAAUUGGACUAGUGGAAAUAAAGAUAUUGAUGAAUUUAUACAACAAUCACAACUUAAUGCUGUGUACUAUAAAAAAUAUCUUGAAUGGAUGCCUUUUGAAAAUUUUAAAGAUAUUACAUAUAUUACCAGAGGUGGAUUUGGUAAAAUCUAUUCAGCUGAAUGGCCUGAAGGAUAUAUUGAUUCUUGGGAUAUUGAAAAUCAAAAAUGGAAAAGGUAUAGCAGAAAAGCUGCAUUAAAAAGUUUGGAUAAUUCAUCAUGUAUAAGUGCAGAAUUUUUAAAUGAGAUUAAAACUCAUCUUCAGAUUUAUCUUUGGGAUGUUAUUCAAUGUUAUGGAAUAACUCAAGAUCCAAAUACCAAAGAUUAUAUGAAGGUUUUAUUUAGAAUAUUAAAUUUAAUGCAAAUUGCAAGAGGACUUUUAGACAUUCAUAAUGCUGGAAAAAUUCAUAAAGACUUUCAUUCAGGUAAUAUAUUACAUCAUGAUGGUUCAUAUAUAAGUGAUUUAGGAAUGUGCCAACCAGCAAAUAAUGAAAAGCAAUCAGAUAAACAAGAAGGAAUUUAUGGAGUAUUACCUUAUAUGGCACCAGAAGUUUUACGUGGAUAUCAAUAUACAAAAGCAUCUGAUAUUUAUUCAUUUGGAAUAAUUAUGAAUGAAUAUAUAUCUGAAGAAACUCCUUAUAAUAAUAUUCCUCAUAAUGAUGCUUUAGCUAUUAAAAUAUGUGAAGGACUUAGACCAAAUAUUUUUAAAUAUACACCAAAAUUACUUGCAGAUUUGAUUACUAAAUGUUGGGAUGCUAAAGUAGAAAAUAGACCAAUUACUAAAGAAUUAUAUCAAGAACUUGAAAAAUUGUAUUAUAAACAAUCUAAAUAUCGUUCUCAAAUAAAUGAAUAUGGUGACAAAAUCAAAUUAAACAGAACAAGUGAAAAAAGAUCUAAUAACAUUCAAACACAUCCACAAGCAAUCUAUACUAGUAGACUUUUAAAUUUCAAAAAUCUUCCAGAACCAGUAAAUUCAGUAGACGUUAUUAAAACAACAUUACAUUCAGAAUAUUUAGAUUGUCAAUUAGACGAAUUAGAUCUUAAUGAAAUCAAUCAAGAUGAAGAAAAUAAUAUUGAAUGAUUUUUUUUAUAAGAAUCAAAGAAUUUAGUUUAAUCAAAAUAAUAUUAUUAA